AAUCUCUGAUUCGUGGGUAUGUUUGUUUGCCUCUCCAAGUAGAUUAUAAACUCCUUGAGGGGCAGAAAUUGUAUCUUAGUUGCCUAUGUAUCCCCAGUGACUUUUGCAGGUACUCAAUACAAUCUGCUAAGAGAAAUUAAUCAACAUGGCCCAUCUGUUCCAGCCAAACUGGUCCACCUACAGUGUCCACAUGAUUGGCAUUUCCACAGAUCCCACUUCCAGGCUUCUCUCUGCUGGUGCACAUAUGGAAAAGCACUACCCACCCUUUACAAGACUGAGUUUAAAUUUCACCUGCACCAUGAAACUUUGCCAGGUGACCCAUUCCAAGACUCCUCACUCAUCAGUCUUACAGUGGCAGUUCAGUGUCAUAAAACAGUAUCACCUAGGAAGGUACACAGGCCUGAUUUAAAACCAGGCUCUAGCAUAAACUAGCUGUGUUACUCUGGGCAAAUUCCUAAAACUUUUUAAAGCUAUAAAAUGAGGUAAAUAAUACCUAUCAUAGGGGAUUUAGGGGAGGGGUAAAGUACAGUAAACCACCCAGAACAUAGUAGAUAUUCAGGAAAUGUUAAUCCCUCCCCACUCCACCUCCUUCCCACUUCAUUUACCACUGCUGUAGUGCUUAAAUUGAUAAUGUAUGUCAUGUCCCCUCAAUUAGAUCCCAACAAUUCAUAAGAUCCUUAAGGGCAGAAGCUGAAUCUCAAUCAUCUCUGUACCUUCUAAGCACCUACUAAUGUGUCUUACAUAAAGACACAAUAAAAACUGAGGACAAUGAAAUCACAGUUACAAUGGAUUAUGGCAAUCAAGUGUAAAUUGUGCCAAGAGUAGAACUGACAACCGUAUUCAUCCAAUUUAGCUGCAAAAUUAUUACAUGGCACCUCUGUCAUUUCACUCAUUCCAAAAGCUGAUUUCAACAAAUGACAGUGUAAAUAAAGACAAAUCAAUUUGUAGAGUGUACAAAUUAAUAAGUAAUCAUUGAUAAUAACAUUAAAGGUGGCUUAAAAUGUUACAGUUGGUAUUAGAAGACUAAACAUGUUUUGUUCCCAUGUGCUUUUAUGCAAUGGUUUCCUUUCACAUAUCCUUUGAUUUAAUGUAAUUAUAACAGAUCUCUUCGAACCACUUGUUAACUAACUGAAACUAGAUUAAGAUUUUUAUGUUUUCCCACCAGGGGACAAAAUUAAGGGCCAAUACUAAAGCAAAACUAGAUGGAGAUUCAAAACAUAAUAAUUACAGGUAAAACCUUCCAAAAAUUCUAAUUAAAGUGUUUUCUUUCCAAAUGUCUUUCAUUAAUAUCAAGCCUUCAACAUCCUCUUUGAACUUACUAGAAUCUUUUCUCUACCCUGAUUUAUCAUAGCUUUCCUUCACUACAUAGUAUCUUCAUCAGGGAUCAAUUCCCAUGGUUGCCCCACUUGCAUGUGCUAACAGGCUGGAGUGGCUGCAGCUUGUUGCGUAGUAACCUCCACUCUAACAAUCAACUCUUCAUUUUGCUGCCAACUGCAUUCCCUUUCCCUGCAGAAACUAUUUCUAUAGUUUUCACAAACUGGAAUGUGCAGCUUUUCAAAAUUUAAUUUGAAAAAACAAUUAGGGAUAGAAGUGUGCGAAAUACCCUCCUUUCAAAAUGCUCACGCCUCCGAGUUCAUUUUGUUUUGUUUUGUUUUCCCAUGUAGAGAAGUUUAUAGUAAGAAAGAGGCAUUCAGUUCUAGCAGACCCAUCCACUAGAACACAGAACACACACACACACACACACACACAGGUACAACAGGAAAGAGCUAAAAGCCAAGCAUUAAAAGACCAAGUCUCUAAUCUCAGUUCAACUACCUAUUAUAUACCUUUAGGCAAAACCAUAACCUUUCUUGGCUUUGACUUCCUCUUCUAUAAACUAGAGAUCAUAACCACCAUUCCUAUUUCAGCAGCUUAUUUCAGAGAUUUUAAAAGCACAGGAUCACAAAUAGCACUGUAUAACUGUAAAAUGUGUGUGAAUGGAUAUGUAUACAUAUAUAAACACACACAGCAAUCUCACUGCCUAUGGGUAAAUAUAUUAUAUCAUGUAUUAAAGUUCCAAUUAAAUACCUCACUAGAAUUUGUUAUAUCAAAUUCUAUACACAGUAUAACCAUGGCAAUUUUUUCUUUUUGGGAAACAGAAUCUAGCUUGGAAAUGUAUGUUCACAGUCUAGUUCAUAAAUUUUGGAGCAAGUAUCAUUUUCUAAUCUAAUUUAUAUUCUCGCAAGCAAAUUUUUACUUACAAUCAUAACAUACCUAAAUUUUCCCUUUCAAUCAACCAACAUUAGUAUAAAAAAGUACUGGAGAUUAGUUCUUCAGAUCUUGUGUUAAGAGUAUCUACAUUAUGGUCUUCACAUAAGCCUUAACUAAAAUUUAUUUAAAAGUCAAAACAAAGAGGAUAAUUUCAUGAUUUUAGUUUUUUAAUGUUAAAAAGAGUAGCACCAUUAAAUUAGAAGAUUGCUAAGUUAUUACUCACUUCCAAUUUCCUAGGCAAAAAUAUCAAUAUACUUUCAUUCUUCAAAUAAAAGAUUCCCUACACACACACACAUACACACACACACACACUCUUCCUAAAUUGUGCUUAUAUGGCUUUAACUUUUUAUAUGUGGCAACUUUUGAACACUAAUUCAAUUGUUUAGCAUAUGUGUUUUCUUUCUAGUUGCUUACAGUUUCCUACAAGAUCUCUAUUACAGCGUGAUUCUGGCACUUUGUGCUAUUUGUUGUUCCAAUUAAUUAAUACCAUUUAAAACAUGAAUUUGAAAAAAUCUUAUUUUAACCAUAACUUUGCAGCUAAAAUUCUUUUUCCAAACUUUGCCCACAUUCUGUGCAACCUAAAUUAGUGCUGAGCUCAAACUGGAUUUUAACAGUUGCUCAAUGUUCUUCAAAAGGUGAAAAGGCAUAUGUUUAUCCGAACUACACCCAUUUUCAAUUUCAACACAGCAAACCUCUCGUUUUUUCUUAAGGCAAAUUUUAAACCAUACAUAUUGGGAUUGGUUAUUACUGAAGAUAAUUUAUGCAAUCAUGAGCCAAAGAUGCUAAGCUGGCAAGAAGAAAACCGUGCAAGUAAGCAAACUCUAUCCCAUGUGGGACACACCUUCUCAGUAUAUAAAGGCUUGCCACUGUCCUUGGUAGCAGCAGGCACUCCCUGGGCUAAAUAGCAUCACCAUGUCUGUCCGAUACAGCUCAAGCAAGCAAUACUCUUCCUCCCGCAGUGGGGGAGGAGGAGGGGGAGGAGGGUCCCUCAAAGUUUCGAGCAGCAAAGGCUCCCACGGCGGAGGAUACAGCUCAGGGGGCGGUUUCAGUGGUGGCUCUUUUAGCCGAGGGAGCUCUGGUGGAGGCUGCUUUGCAGGAUCAGGCAGCCAUGGAGGAGGGCUAGGGGGUGGGUAUGGUGGAAGCAGCUUUGGUGGGGGCUAUGGAAGCAGCAGCUUUGGUGGGGGCUGUGGAGGAGGCAGUUUUGGAGGAGGCAGCUUUGGAGGGGGCAACUUUGGUAGCUUUGGUGGAGGAGGCUUUGGUGGAGGAGGCUUUGGUGGAGGCCUCUUUGGUGGAGGCGGCUUUGGAGGAGGUUUUGGUGGUGGUGCUGGACUUGGAGAUGGUGGCCUUCUCUCUGGAAAUGAAAAAGUAACCAUGCAAAAUCUGAAUGACCGCCUGGCUUCCUACUUGGACAAAGUUCGGGCUCUUGAAGAAUCAAACUAUGAGCUAGAAGGCAAAAUCAAGGAGUGGUACGAAAAGUACGGCAACUCAGGCCAGCGAGAGCCUCGUGACUACAGCAAAUACUACAAAACCAUCGAAGAUCUUAAAAAUCAGAUCCUUAAUCUAACAACUGAUAACGCCAAUGUCCUGCUUCAGAUCGACAAUGCCAGGCUGGCAGCGGAUGACUUCAGGCUGAAGUAUGAGAAUGAGGUAGCCCUCCGCCAGAGUGUGGAUGCUGACAUCAACGGCCUACGCAGGGUGCUAGACGAGCUGACCUUGACCAAGGCUGACUUGGAGAUGCAGAUCGAGAGCCUGACUGAAGAGCUGGCCUACCUGAGGAAGAACCAUGAAGAGGAAAUGAAAGACCUUCAAAAUGUGUCCACUGGUGAUGUGAAUGUGGAGAUGAAUGCUGCUCCAGGGGUUGAUCUGACUCAACUUCUGAAUAACAUGAGAAGCCAGUACGAACAACUUGCUGAGCAAAACCGCAAAGACGCUGAAGCCUGGUUCAAUGAAAAGAGCAAGGAGCUGACUACAGAAAUCGACAGUAACAUCGAACAAAUGUCCAGCCAAAAAACCGAGAUUACCGAACUGAGACGCACUGUUCAAGGCCUGGAGAUCGAGCUACAGUCCCAACUAGCCCUGAAACAGUCCCUGGAGGCCUCCCUGGCGGAAACAGAAGGUCGCUACUGUGUGCAGCUGUCCCAGAUCCAGGCCCAGAUCUCCUCCCUGGAGGAGCAGCUGCAGCAGAUCCGCGCCGAAACCGAGUGCCAGAACGCCGAGUACCAGCAGCUCCUGGACAUCAAGAUUCGGCUGGAGAACGAAAUCCAAACCUACCGCAGCCUGCUUGAAGGCGAGGGAAGGUACGUUAGACCGCCGUUUUAAAAACGAUCCCAGUUGCUUUUAUUUUUUUGUAAAACUUUAACAUUUCCACUCGCUUUUCUUCAAUAUUCCCAAUCGCAAGGCUUUCCCCAAACCGAAGGACG